GAGACCGGUACGACGUUACGCGCGCGGGCCCAACUUCGAACGCGUAAGACCCCCGGCUACUCGCCCUCUAUCACGCAUCGGCGCGCCGCGUCGUCAUCCAUCGACCGCGACAAAAUUUUGGACUUUUACGUGGGGAAAUCUUGUACAAGCAAAGGUGUCCUGUCUUUUCGGUAUCCUCAACGCUAUCGUUCGCGACAGAUUUGCUCAAGGGGCUUGACCAUCUCUUUUGUCACUCGUCGACAAUCGAAUCGCGACUUCGCUCGGACAUUGGUACAUCUGAACGCCUUGGUACUGCUCAGAGUGUAUUCUUCAAUUCGUAUAGAGGAUGUUUCCUGGAAUCCUCUAAAGUCUAAAACCCAAAGAAGACGUCUUGUCCUGACGAUGGAAAAUCCGAGGUAGAUCGCAGGACUCUUAUCUUCAAGGUACACCGAUCGGAACGAGUUUAUGGAAAAGAGUGACGAAAACAGAAGUUUUCAAUUAUAUCAUCCGUUCGAUUUCGAUGAGAGAAGUCUGCAAUCCACGACGUUCGUGUGUACUUCCGAUCCACAACUAAUCGCAACUAAACCGAUUGCCGAUUGCCGCUCCGUCAAAAAUCGUAGCCGAUAUAUCGUAGACCCGUGACUUGGUCUCUCUCACCAAGACGAUACAUCGCCACCCCCACCCGUGAGCACCACGCGUCCAGCCACGCGAUCAGCGGGAUCAGCGAUCCGGAAGGUUUCGCACGGCAACGGUGACCAACGAGCCGGGUAUUCUUAAUGGACACCUGAUCCACGGUGAUUGACCACGUCGUCCAGCUGCAUCGAGCUACAACGUUAUCAGGGUGACGAUGAUUUUAUCGGAAUCCUGAAGCUCUCUUCAAGAUUAUCGAGAACCAUUCGAGAAUCGUUUCAGGAUUUCGGUGUUCGUCACUUUGAAAAUUCUCUCGAGAAACUUUCGCAGUUGUGGUGACAAUUUACACGUGUGCGGGUAUGAGAGACCACUGUGAACAGUGCAACGGGCCACCCGAACGGUGAAGUGAGCCGCGGGGUGUUCAGUGAGCGUAAUUUCGAGAGACUUCAACGCCCGGCAAAGAGAUAACCGAGGGAUAUAACCAGACGACUAAGACGACCACGAUCACGACGACAACAACGACAACGACGACGACGACGACGAGGCUAUUCAUAUUCAGAAGGCGACGAAGAGGUGCACGGACACCUCGUCCAACUCGGCGAGGUGUUGUCCGAGAUAGAGGAGGGUGGCGGGAGAAGAGGGUUGGACGGAGGGUGGCGUGCUAUGAUCAGCAUGGAGCUUCCGGCACACGCGACGCAGCAUGGUGCUCUACACCUAGGGGUCGGAGUCGGGGUCAAUCCGGGUGACCCAGCCGGAAGUGCCUUAGCCGCCAUUCAUCCGCAUCCCCAGGACCCUCUAGCCCUCCACCAUCAUAAUCACAGCGCUGCGACACCCGGAGGUAUGCAUGAGGAGUCCAAGAAAAAACAUGAUGGCGGCCACGGAAUGAACCAGGAUGGUCAUGGCGGAGUCAACCAACUCGGCGGCGUCUUUGUGAACGGAAGGCCCCUACCGGAUGUAGUCAGGCAGAGGAUCGUCGAGCUAGCGCACAGCGGCGUCCGACCGUGCGACAUUUCGAGACAACUCAGGGUAUCUCAUGGCUGUGUAUCCAAGAUACUGUCGAGGUAUUAUGAGACCGGUAGUUUCAAAGCCGGUGUCAUAGGAGGCUCCAAACCGAAAGUAGCAACGCCGCCGGUCGUCGACGCGAUUGCUAAUUACAAGAGGGACAAUCCGACCAUGUUCGCGUGGGAGAUCAGGGACAGAUUGCUGGCCGAAGGCAUUUGCUCGCAGGACAACGUGCCAUCCGUCUCUUCCAUCAAUCGGAUCGUGAGGAACAAGGCGGCGGAGAAGGCGAAGCACGCGCAUCAGCAACAGCAGGCGCAGCAGCAGCAAGGUCAACAGCAAGGUCAGCCGGGAUCGGGCGGUUCCGUGUCGGUGAUAGCACAUGCACCUGCGACGGUGGCAGGUCAUCCCGCUGCCACCGCUCCCAACGCCUACAGCAUCAGUGGCAUCCUGGGCAUCCCGGCGCAUCAUCAGGAUCCCAAUGGCAACAGCAUCAAGAGAAAACGCAGCGUUGACGAUGAUAAUCGCGAGCUGAAUGACCACGCCGAGAAUGAUUUGAAAAGGCAAAGGAACAACUACAACGGCGAUCAACUGUAUUCAAAUCUGUGGUCGAGUAAAUGGAGCAUCAAGGACGAGCACAAGCUCUUGAGCGAGCUUGGUGGCGGUGGAGGCGGCGGUACGACCGGUGGUACAAACGGCGGUGGAAACGGCGGCAGUGGAAAUGGCGGCAAUGGCAGUGGCGGUACUGGCAGCGGCAGCGGCGGAGGCGGCGGUUAUUACGAACACAGCGGAUUCCCCGGGAACGCUAUUGCCACCUCCGCCGAGCUGUACGACUCCCUGGGCACCAUCAGUACGAUGACGCAGGCGCAAACGCCUCAUCUUUACACCCCGCCCAUAGGGGGCACCAUAGCAGGUGGUACUUUGACGCCGCUCGCGCCACUGACGAUGCAAGAACUAAAAUUGAGCCAAACAUUGGAUGGGGCUAACAUGUCUCCUUACCACACCACCGCAGAGAGCAGUACCGUCGCAGUAUCGUAUGUCGGGGUGGGGGCCGGUGGGGGCGAGCAAAGUCCCCCGAUUUCGUUGCAGAACGAGACAAACGCCACCCCCGCGGCCCCCAACACCCCCGGAGGGGAUCCCGGACUGACGGUCUUGCAGCCGCCAGUUUCUCAGCCCCAAGUAGCCUCUGCGAUACCGCCGUACUCGACGAUGCUCCCAAGUUUCGGACACUACGCCACCGGUGGUGGCGACUACGCGUAUAGCGCUGCAUAUUCCCAGUAUUCAAGUGCACCGUACAGUGGCUAUGGUUAUGGAGCAGCGACAAGCGGGUUGCUCAACUCCACGUACUACUAUUGCAACGGAGACACAACUACCCAUACGUCGCAGCAGGGCGGUGGCGGUUGCACUAGCGGUGCUCCGGAAAGCAGCGCCGAUGUGGCUAGUCGUUCGCCUCUGGCGGCUACCAGGGCUAGCAGCGGGGCCAGCGCAGCCUCGCCGACUGGAAGCGCCUGCACCAAGCCGGACCACACCUCCGCCACACCGACGGACCUCUAUCUGGCUUGAUGGUCGAACCGCACGACGGGAGAACUCUUGAUCGAGCGUCUCCCAACGAUCAGCGGAGAGACAACGAGUUGCGAUGGACGCCAUAUCACCAAGAGACACCAUCUCGAAAUUUAGCAAUGAUCUCCUUUUAACCGCUUCGGGAAUGCGCAAUGGAAAGUUCGGAGUGCGAAGGAUACCAAUAAAUCCACGGGGAAGAUUAAAUAUGUCGAAGAAGAAGAUUAGGAUAGCUCGACGAACACUCUUCACGCCGAUGAAUCUGGAUAAGUGGCGUUUUUGGACAAGAAACGUUAAAACGACUCUAGGAUUAGUUGUGCUCGGAGUUCUGAAUUCCAUCGCGUUCAAAAUGGAUGACAGGACUUGGGAAUUUGAUCUGAUCGAUGAGCGCGCGACGUGAUUUCGUGUAAAACGAGCUUGACGAGUGACGGUCACAUCAGAGCAUUGGCGUACAGAGUUUCCUCGUGUCGCUGCCGUUCUUUGCAAUAUAACGUUCCCUUUUACGUUUUAUUUAUUAAUCGUAAUCCGAAGAAUCCGAAGAAUCAUCGGUCGAUCGACUUAAUCAAUCAAUUAAUCAAUUAAUUGCUAAUGGCAGCGAUGCGAGUGAAUCUCGAAUGCUCGAAAGCGUUAAAGACGGCGUCGCCCGCUCUCUGGAGAGCCGCGACGAUAGGUAGUUUAAUUUAAUGAUAUCCUCAGUUAGUAUAAUUUCCACGCGGUGGUCGUGACCGCCCUCGCGAGCGCGCGCUUGCGUGGCGAAUAUAGUCGCUGACCAUGUAAAUAUAUAUAAAUUGAACAUAUAUAAAUAAGAAUAAAAAAUAUAUAUAUUAUAUAUAUAUAAUUCGUGUAAACAAAGUCAAGCGCCCCAACGGCACGUUUUUCUCUCCUGUAGGCACAACGACCUUUCACCCCCUUAAGAAUAUCGUAAAGUAUAACACGAUAAGUUUGAGAUUUUUAAAUCAGGAGUCGACCGUAAUGAUCACUACUGUUAAGGAUAUUAUAUAUAUUUUUUGUAGAAACCAAAGACCAUAUACACACGCGCGAGUAAACCCAACACAUGCACGUACACACGCGUACAUACGCACGCCCCGCAGCACGCAGGCACGCACCGACAUACGACAUUUACAUCAUGCGGAUCGUCGAACGAACGAGCACGUCGCGCAAUUGCGGCAAAAAAGCGUGACCUUUGCGCCGGUUUUGAGCGGCCUUUUCACACGGAUAAUUAAUGCGUAAUCGCGAGCGGCGUGUAGGAUCGACAUAAAAAUUGAACAAAAAAAUCGUAAUUAGUUCAAAGGUAGCUCGUUACUAAAAGAUUCAGAGAAUUGAUAUUUUUUUAUUUAAAUUUAUUUUUAAUUUUGUCGAGGUAAGUACAUACUAACCGCGAGUCAUGUCGAGAUAUUAAUCGCCAUUGUACGGAGAACGUUCUUUCUUAUUCGUGAUAAUUAGCACAAGUCGGCGCGUGGACACUUCCUCGACAGCUCGGCGAUCACGCUCGUUCUCCCGUUCCGUUCAACGCAUUCGCCACGCUUCCGCUUUGGGGCGGAAGUCGUACUGGUUCCCGUUCGUCGUCGGGCGGAACGCGCCGGAGAAGAUUAUCACGAAGCGCAAUUAGCGCCGAGCGUCGGAGAUUUUUAAUGAGAAAUUACGUUCGCAAGCGCACGCGCGUUCUCUGAUUUAAUUACCGUGUUAAUUAUUGAUGCUUCAGCGGCACGCGCUACAGAUUUCAUGCGUCUCGAAUUUACUCAGCUUGCCGGAUAAUGUUGUAGAUUGAAAAUUACUUGACAAUUCUACGCAAUCCGACAAUUUCUAGUCACAUUCAAAAGAGAUGCGCUAGUAAACCAAAUAUUGCAUAUUGAAAUGAAGGGAACAGUAAAUUAAAUAGCGAGUAUAAUAACGAUAUAAAACGUUCUUUCAACUCAUUAGAUGUGUCGAUCCAAAGCGUGCUCGCAAAAUCUAAAUUAUUGUUAUUGAUUUCCAGUCAAUCGAUAAAAGUUUUGAAAUUUCUCUCGCGCGAUGUUCCGUCCGUGUCGAUCGCCUUUUAUCAAAUAAUUAAACUGUACUAUUUGUUGCGAAAAUCAUUUUGUCUCCACUGUCUGUGUUACGCUCUUUAGCAAUUUGCAAUUUAAUUUGAUUUAUCAUAAAGGUAAAAUUAGCGAUUGCAAAUUACAUCUUUAAAUUGCUAAUUCAAACCGCAAUUAUGAUAUUUAUUGCUUACAAUUAUAAUGUGCCACGAUAACGUGAUAUAAAGCCGUGCAGAAAGGAAAAAACGCAGAUGCUAAAAACGAUCCGACAGAUUUUUUCGCACUGCAAUCUUAGCGACAAUUUUUCCAGCUCGGCAUUGCUGCUAAAUGAAAGGCACACUUAAAAAAAAAAAUUCGAGGAAUAAUUUAGCGCGUGCAUGCAAAAGAUACAUGUUUGAAUUUCAAUUGGCCAAAUAUGGGCUAGAUCAUUGUGUCCGAUGUUCGGUACGAUUUUUUGCAUACUUAUACAUUGUUACUUUAUUGCUAUUAUCGUAAUGACUCUGAUUAUUAAUUAUUAUUCUAUUUGCUAUUUUCACUAUUUUCAUUAUUUUAUCAUUAUUAUUAUAUUUUAUUAUUAUUAUUAUAUUAUCAUCAUCAUUAUAUUAUUUAAUACAUUUAUUUAUUAAUUGUAAUGAUGACCUAUGUGUAAUAAGUUUUGCCAAAGAAUCCGUUGAGAGAGCAAUAUUGCAGUAAACGUUUUUAUAGUCUCCAUAGGAGGAAAAGCCGAUAAAGCACAAUUGUAAUAUGGAAUUGAAUAUAGAAGAUACAAAGAGAAAAACGACUGUGUGCGGCAUUCGAGCGAUGAGCCGAAUUGCGAAUUCGUUUGCGCGAAUUAUACAUUUGCGAAUCUGAGAUUUCGACUCGAAUGCCGCAGCCGCGCAUUUUUAAUCGAGCACACAUUAUCUCAUUUUAUUUUAUUUGUUCCGUGUGAUAUUCUUGUUCCGUGCGCCGCUCUUGCCGAGUCUCGCUGUUGAUACUUGCAAACAAAACUCUGUACAUCCUUUUUAAAUAAA